AUGCUUCCUACCUAUUCGGAAUCCGCUGAUCCGAAAGGUGAGCUCGCCUCAUCUGCUAAUAGUCCUCUAGGCGAGUCGUCAUCGAAACCCGGACUCGGACCCACAGAACUUUUUUCAGCCUUUUCUGCGUCGGUUAGUUUAUGUGAUUUUUCUAGGGAUCUCUGGCAUAGGUUUGGUCGGAAAGCAAGAAGCGUGCAGAAACAGCCUACAAAACAUAUGGACGAAUUGAUUUUCUGCGCCCUUACUUUGAUAUCGAGCCGAACGAGGUCCUUCAGCGUGUGGCCUCGUCUGUUGAUCCGCGACCCGUUAAGUCUGCCGACUUAGUAGGUUUUAUCCUUCAUUAAAACCUAACUGAGUUAUUUAGCUAUUCAAUGAUCUCUACUCCCCCUUUAUGGCAUGUCUUACGCUCGUAGCUGUCUUGCUUUUCGAAAUGAAACUGUCUGAUGUUUAUGUGGUAUGUUGUAUUUUGCACGUCCAGGCAAAUUAAAAACUUUUAGCAACAGGGUACCCUAAUGAGUUUGGCGAUCAUCACCUGUUUUGGAUAUUGGAUCCUCACAUCAGGAGCAUUGAAACUGGCGGCGUUGUAUGGGAAGUCUACACUAACAUUCGUUCAAAUUCUGUCUGCAGUAGUAAGUUUGCCAAACAUCCCUUUGUUUAAUUAUAAUAUAGGACUACGAGUAACCUAUAACGUUAUUAUUUUUUCAAGGGCUACGCUAUGUGUUCUACCUGUGUCGUUCUCUUCGUCUGCUCAAUUUUGCACCAACGUGCCUCCGAGACAAUCUUCCUUAUUUUCUGGACUCUAAUCUGCGGAUCAGCUGCCAUAAAACUUGUAAGUCUUCUUAACAAUUGACUGUUGGGUAAUUCGUUAGGCCCCGUUUUUGGCCUUGUUACACAUUGUUAGUUGUCUAAAUCUUUGGCCGCGGUUGGAGCCCUUCCAAGAAUUUUCUGACUGCUUUGUAAAAUAUGUCCUUGUCGCAAAUGUCGUAGCCAAAAUGAUCAUAUGCCGCGUGCCGCUGGAACAGUUUUCCGGCUACCGGUGAUUGUAAGAUAAAGGGUUUGUGAGGGACGGAAUGUGGUCACUAGCUAAAAAGUGCAGAGUAGCUGAUGCAGAGCAUGAGGUGUGCGCAAGUUUACGCGCCAUCUCGGAAACCGACCAAAUGCAUCCACGGAAACGGAUUAAUAGUAAACUACCUCCGCUUAAAUAAAAACACAAAAACAGUUCUGAAAGUGAUAUUACGACAGGAAUAACAAUAUAUCAUUAAGAAAAGUUGAAGUAUUUAUAUUGCUACAGUUCGGGUUAAACGAGUGAAAUCAGUUUGCGGAGGUACGUAAAGCCUGCUUGUGAGAAAAACAGAGUAAUUAAAGCGGCAUAAGCACUUUGUUCCUUUCAAAACCUUCAAAAUAAGAUAUUACUCGAAAGCGCUUGCUGAAGGAGUGGGUUUUCGGUCAUUACUCAUGCAAAUAGCAGUUUGGGUCAUAUUUGCAGGCUUACCCAAACAUAAAACUAACUGCCGAUGAAGAUAAACGUCUACAACAAAUGCCUGCGAUCUAUUGGAAAACACUAAUAAGUUGUCCCGUUUUCCAGAGUAAGAGGGGAAAAGUCGAAACGUCCAAGCUGCUUAUGCAAAGCUGCUUUGGAAAGAAUGCUGAUACUUUUUCUGUCGCAGACGUAAAACUGACACUUUUCUUUAUUUUGAUGCAAUUUCAUCCUCUUUGCGUACAUAAAGGCCUCAUUCUGAAAUUCAAAAUGCACCAGGGUAGCAAUAUUAGUUUUAAAAUGUAGAUCAAACUGCUAGUGCUGUGCCCGUCCUAUCCCUAAACAACAUACUAGUAGAAAUGAUGACCUUACCGUAUGCUGAAAAUCUAAAAUAACCGCUUAAUUAUGGGCCUUUUUGCUGCAAUUUAAGCGACAUUUACAUAUGCCAGCAAAAUAAGGAUACGCCAAAACAGAGGAUUGCCUGUAGACCAUAUUACUGCAUAAGUAAAGAAGACCGGUCGAGUACCAGAACAGCCUGUUUAUUAUUUUGAUCAGGAGUUCAUCGUCAGAGAUCGUAGCAACAACAGAACGAACGACAAUUAUAGGGGGUGCUAGCCAAUCACCGAUCGAUUGCGCAAGACUGGAGAUGACGGCACAGGGCUCUGUACGUCGGCGCCAGAUCGAUAAAUCAAUCGAAUGAGUUUUCACCCGAGGCCCAGGCUUCAAUAAAUUCUCGGCCUGUUUUGUUUCGGCGUACGCGAUUAUUUUGGGGUCUACAAAGUUAAACUCAUGAUCGAUUUCAUAGGUGUAAACAGCCGCACUGCCUUAUGGGCGCAUUUGCCAAUCUUGACUUCUGAAGAAUAAUUAAUUUCUGUUUUUCCGUGAUAACGCGCUUAUCCACUUCCUGGCUAAAAAGUCAGCUAGUAAAUGUGCGAAGGUUGUCUUGAUAAAGCAUUUCCGCGCAGAUGAAGGCCCCCCCUAUUACCAAAACAUGCAUGGACGCAAGAAUGUGGUCCGGGACCGUUAUCGAUAUUAUAAAUUGUCCUUUAGAUUUCCUCCAAAUAUUUAAGCUUAAAGCAUUCUUCAUGGAAAAGACCCUUCCCAGAGUGCGUUAGGCGAAUCAAUAAAAUGCACCAUGUCUGAUCAUGUAGACUUUUGUAAACAUAUCUCCAAAGUUUCGUCAUACGCUCUAUCUUUGCGUCCGCUAACACGGUCACUAACGGGUAAGCAGCAGCCACCAUCCUAGUUUUUGGAGCAGCCUGUGAUGUUCCUUAGAGUCCUUCGGCCAUAGGAAAAUAAAUGCGAAAUUGGUGGAUUACCCUUGACUUUCUGUAAAGGCGAUGAUGUCCUCUGGGCGAUUAUUAUCCCAAUUGACAUGUGUCAUCCUUUUUAUCAAGGGUUACCAGUCGACCGUGUCGUUAAAAGUGCCUUAUAAACCGUCUGAGCGGAGUUGAUUCUGGGUCGGCAUUUGAGGGCCGUGAAAUUCUUCCAGUUAGCUGUCCCACAUUCUCAUCAAUGCCAUUUAACAGCAUAAAGCGCCUACUCUUGCGACUUACUUUCCCGGAGUCCCAUGCAACCUACUAGGCACACCCGCUGCCUGACGUGCCGCCAGUUCUUUUUAAUCAUUCCACUUUUGCAGUCUGCGGAGCGUUAUUUAUCACCAACAUCAGUAGGCCAUCGAAUUUCCACAACCACCGAUUCCAUACGUGUACCGUAUUCCUCUGACUUGACUAUUCAUUUUCCGGCGCACCUCGCAAAUCUCUUUGAUAUCGCUGACACGCUUGGCAACUGGAGAGGUGGUAUUUUAAACCGCAUAAUCCAAAAGCGCUGCAGAAGACUGGCACACUUUGAACGCAAGGCUUUUUAGUGCUUUUGUCCGAGACAGUCUUCAGGGGCAUUGGUUUGAUGAACUUAAGAGAUGAGUCUCCUCACACCCGACAGUUAUAUAGACGCUGUUGACAGUUGCGAAAGGGUCGGCAAAGAGAGGCCAAAGUGUUCAACGGUAACCAGCGUCGCCGCCAUCACCACCACCACGAAGGGAUCUGAGCAAAAGCGACUUGUUAUGACAAAGGUUUCGAUCACUGUUUCGGCUGUCGGUACGGCACGCGAACUAGCACCUCUGAAUUAGAUUCCUACCUGGUGUCUACCUACUUAAUUUAGGUAGCUGAGUAAAUUACUUAAACGACGGAUAGGACUACUUGCAUUCCCCGACUGCGGAACUCAUUGGCGUGUCUGAGGUUAUUAGAAAGGAUUGAUAUCGUAAAUACGACGCUAGCGCCGUCUGUGGUUGGAUAAGCAUACUCACUCAACGGUAGAUGUUUUUGCGCGAAGCUAGCAGGCCUACUCACCAGCCCUGGUCGUACUGGAGAUCGCUAGGUUCAUGGCUACACGAGAUAAUCGUUUGGCGCGAAUAUAGAAAACCCGGAUGUAUACGUAGCCCGGCAUGGCGUUGCUUGCUCCACAGGUUAGUUGGCGUACGGAGCAACCCACUGGAGAUGCCUGCGACAACUUUUCCGCACAACCGAAUGGCUGACUGACAGAAAGCUGACUGAAGACCGGAUAAUCAGCGGAAAUGGUAAGGUAAAGCGUAUGCAGAAACUGCAGGUCUCACCGUUUAGGGCUUAAAGCUGCUAAUUGAAAUAAUAGAAGGAAAUAAAAGAAGGACGAUUGGAUGUCGACGUUGGCGACGACCCGGAAGAGACAGUGAGCGUUCUCCCGCGACCUGAUGAGUGGCUAUAAAAAGGUCAACGGAAGACUAAAGGCUCACUGGUACUCGCCGUCUGAUUUUGUUAUCCAUCAGCAGAAAAUCGACCGAUCUAGCAGGGGCUCAUGACGAAAGUUGAAAUGCUUGGGCACAACGACGGUCCUGACGCAGUUCACUGGAGUAGAAAGAAGUCUAGGGACGGAGUUGACGCAGUGGACGCCAGUGUUCCCCAAGGACUACGUACGGUUCUUCCGACGUUGUCGGCAAUAGUGCCCACGAUUUACAGCUCGGAGGCAUUAAUUGGAUUAGCAGCAGACGACAUAAGGGUAGGAAGAAGAACGUUUUCCAGCGACCUUUUUAGUGACAGCACGAAACUGGCUGGACUAUGAAGCUCGGUGGAAGCGUUGUAUAAGUGUAAGUAAAGGUAGCAGGGAUCAACGCGGCCGACUAGACUCCGAUCAGACGGAAGGAGCCGCUGUUAGCGGCAGCAGGCCUCAUUUAUUACUACUAAUGCCAUCCUAUUUAAACAAAGUAAAUAGGCUCUACACAGGAAUGCAGUUUCGUGGGUACUUAUUCCCAGGCCCAACCCAGCAGUCUAGUUCUUCACGCGGCUUCUUGUUUGACAGCAUUCAUACCCCGUCAUGCCGCUGAAAAGUCGAUUUUGUCCUCUGCGCUGAACAAGGCAAAGACGACGAAAGCGAUGUUCCGGUGUUUUGUCACGUCUGACUUAGCCUGCGGCAUGUGACUGCCAUUCACAAAAUCGUACACAGGACUUGUGAAGUCCGUUUUCCUCCCUAUUUAUGCGUUUUCUUGCCAAUUUUAACCUAUUCUAGCACGUACUCGAUUUGGUGUUUAAAGUAAGGUAUUAUGCAUAUCUGUAUAAUUUUCCAUUCUCUAGGCAUCAACCUUAUGGGCCUUCAUUCCAGGAGAAAAGGAGCGCAUCGUGGCGUCCGUUAUGUCUGUCGUCCUGCACAUGGGAUUUGUCAUGUAUCUUCACUUUGCUUAUCACCGGCUCGUAGAAGGUAUUGGCUUUACGUUGUUAGCUCUGACUGACAUCUCUUUAUGCAGAUUUGUCUGAUGCAAUUGGGGAUAAGGUCGUGGAUGCGAAAUCAAAUGACAGUCGUCAUGGGCAGAUCCCAGGUUAA